CACUGAGGGUAACUGACAGCCCUGGUAACCGUACUGGGGAUACAGGAGCGGCCGCACUGCUGGAGGAGGAGAGUGAGUGACACUCAGUGAGGGCAGACAGAAGGCAGUGAGUGACACUCAAUGAGGGGAGACAGAGGGCAGUGAGUGACACCCAGUGAGGGGACAGAGGGCAGUGAGUGACACUCAGUGAGGGAGACAGAGGGCAGUGAGUGACACUCAGUGAGGGAGACAGAGGGCAGUGAGUGACACUCAGUGAGGGCAGACAGAAGGCAGUGAGUGACACUCAGUGAGGGGACACAGAGAGCAGUGAGUGACACUCAGUGAGGGGACACAGAGGGCUGUGAGUGACACUCAGUGAAGGGGUCAGAGGGCAGUGAGUGACACUCAGUGAGGGGACACAGAGGGAGGGUGUGAGUGACACUCAGUCAGUGAGUGAGACAGAGGGCAGUGAGUGACACUCAGUGAGGGGGGACAGAGAGCAGUGAGUGACACUCAGUGAGGGGACAGAGGGCAGUGAGUGACACUCAGUGAGGGGGGACAGAGAGCAGUGAGUGACACUCAGUGAGGGGACAGAGGGCAGUGAGUGACACUCAGUGAGGGGAGACAGAGGGCAGUGAGUGACACUCAGUGAGGGGACAGAGGGCAGUGAGUGACACUCAGUGAGGGGAGACAGAGGGCAGUGAGUGACACUCAGUGAGGGGACAGAGGGCAGUGAGUGGCACUCAGUGAGGGGAGACAGAGGGCAGUGAGUGACACUCAGUGAGGGGAGACAGAGGGCUGUGAGUGACACUCAGUGAGGGAGACAGAGGGCUGUGAGUGACACUCAGUGAGGGGAGACAGAGGGCAGUGAGUGACACUCAGUGAGGGGACACAGAGAGCAGUGAGUGACACUCAGUGAGGGGACACAGAGGGCUGUGAGUGACACUCAGUGAGGGAGACAGAGGGCAGUGAGUGACACUCAGUGAAGGGGUCAGAGGGCAGUGAGUGACACUCAGUGAGGGGACACAGAGGGCCGUGAGUGACACAGGAGGGAGACAGAGAGGGCAGUGAGUGACACUCUGAGGGGAGACAGAGGGCAGUGAGUGACACUCAGUGAGGGGACACAGAGGGCAGUGAGUGACACUCAGUGAGGGGACACAGAGGGCUGUGAGUGACACUCAGUGAGGGAGACAGAGGGCAGUGAGUGACACUCAGUGAGGGGGUCAGAGAGCAGUGAGUGACACUCAGUGAGGGGACACAGAGGGCAGUGAGUGACACUCAGUGAGGGGACACAGAGGGCAGUGAGUGACACUCAGUGAGGGAGACAGAGGGCAGUGAGUGACACUCAGUGAGGGCAGACAGAGGGCUGUGAGUGACACUCAGUGAGGGAGACAGAGGGCACUGAGUGACACUCAGUGAGGGGAGACAGAGGGCACUGAGUGACACUCAGUGAGGGAGACAGACAGCAGUGAGUGACACUCAGUGAGGGGACACAGAGGGCAGUGAGUGACACUCAGUGAGGUGACACAGAGAGCAGUGAUUGGCACUCAGUGAGGGAGACAGAGAGCAGUGAGUGACACUGAGUGAGGGAGACAGAGGGCACUGAGUGACACUCAGUGAGGGAGACAGACAGCAGUGAGUGACACUCAGUGAGGGGACACAGAGGGCAGUGAGUGACACUCAGUGAGGUGACACAGAGAGCAGUGAUUGGCACUCAGUGAGGGAGACAGAGAGCAGUGAGUGACACUGAGUGAGGGAGACAGAGGGCACUGAGUGACACUCAGUGAGGGAGACAGACAGCAGUGAGUGACACUCAGUGAGGGGACACAGAGGGCAGUGAGUGACACUCAGUGAGGGGACACAGAGAGCAGUGAGUGGCACUCAGUGAGGGAGACAGAGAGCAGUGAGUGACACUGAGUGAGGGAGACAGAGGGCAGUGAGUGACACUCAGGGAGGGGACACAGAGGGCAGUGAGUGACACUCAGUGAGGGGACACAGAGGGCUGUGAGUGACACUCAGUGAGGGAGACAGAGGGCAGUGAGUGACACUCAGUGAGGGGGUCAGAGAGCAGUGAGUGACACUCAGUGAGGGGACACAGAGGGCAGUGAGUGACACUCAGUGAGGGGACACAGAGGGCAGUGAGUGACACUCAGUGAGGGAGACAGAGGGCAGUGAGUGACACUCAGUGAGGGCAGACAGAGGGCUGUGAGUGACACUCAGUGAGGGAGACAGAGGGCACUGAGUGACACUCAGUGAGGGGAGACAGAGGGCACUGAGUGACACUCAGUGAGGGAGGACACAGAGGGCUGUGGAGUGACAUGAGGGGAGACAGAGGGCAGUGAGUGACACUCAGUGAGGGACAGAGGGGCGGAAGGAGUGACACCCAGGAGGACACAGAGGGCAGGAGUGACACUCAGUGAGGGACACAGAGGGCUGGGGAGGGACACUCAGUGAGGGAGACAGAGGCAGUGAGUGACACCUGGUGAGGGGCUGAGAGCAGUGAGUGACACCUCAGUGAGGGGACAUGAGUGGCAGUGAGUGACACCUCAGUGAGGGGACAGCACUCAGUGAGGGACAGAGGGCAGUGAGACACCUCAGCAGGGCAUGAGGGGCUGUGUGAAGGAAUGAGAGAUAGUGAGGGCACUGAGUGACACUCAUGUGAGGGGAGACAGAGGGCACUGAGUGACACCUGUUGAAGGGUGGCAUGGUGGUGGAGCACACUCAGUGAGGGACACAGAGGGCAGUGAGUGACACCUGUGAGGACAGAGAGCAGUGAUUGGCACUCAGUGAGGGAGACAGAGAGCAGUGAGUGACACUGGAGUGAGGGGAGAUGAGGGCACUGAGUGACUCAGUGAGGGGAGACAGACAGCAGUGGCGACACCUGGGACAGAGGGCAGUGAGUGACACUGUGUGAGGUGACACAGAGAGCAGUGAUUGGCACUCAGUGAGGGAGUAUUUAUAUGGUGGAGUGACACUGAGUGAGGGAGAUGGAGGGCAGGGAGAGUGACACUCAGGGAGGGGACACAGAGGGCAGUGAGCACACCUCAGAGGUAGACAGAGGGGCUGUGAGUGACACCCAAAUGAGGGGAGACAGGAGGGCUGUGAGUGACACUCAGUGAGGGGAAUAGAGAGGUCAGUGAGUGACACUCAGUGAGGGGAGACAGAGAGCAGUGAGUGACACACUCAGUGAGGGGAGACAGGAGGGCUGAGUGAGACUCAGUGAGGGGAGACACAGGAGGGCAGUGAGUGACACUCAUAGAGGGGAGAUGAGGGCAGUGAGGACACUGUGGGAGGGGACAGAGGGAGAGCAGUGAGUGACACUCUGAGUGAGGGGAGACAGAGGGCAGUGAGUGACACUCAAUGAGGGGAGACAGAGGGCUGUGAGUGACACUCAGUGAGGGAAUAGAGAGGUCAGUGAGUGACACUCAGUGAGGGGAGACAGAGAGCAGUGAGUGACACUCAGUGAGGGGAGACAGAGGGCUGUGAGUGAGACUCAGUGAGGGAGACAGAGGGCAGUGAGUGACACUCAUAGAGGGAGACAGAGGGCAGUGAGUGACACUCAGGGAGGGGACACAGAGGGCAGUGAGUGACACUCAGUGAGGGGAGACAGAGGGCUGUGAGUGACACUCAGUGAGGGAAUAGAGAGGGCAGUGAGUGACACUCAGUGAGGGGAGACAGAGGGCAGUGAGUGACACUCAAUGAGGGGAGACAGAGGGCUGUGAGUGACACUCAGUGAGGGAAUAGAGAGGUCAGUGAGUGACACUCAGUGAGGGGAGACAGAGAGCAGUGAGUGACACUCAGUGAGGGGAGACAGAGGGCUGUGAGUGACACUCAGUGAGGGAGACAGAGGGCAGUGAGUGACACUCAGUGAGGGGACACAGAGGGCAGUGAGUGACACUCAGUGAGGGCAGACAGGGGGCAGUGAGUGACACUCAGUGAGUGGAGACAGAGAGCAGUGAAUGACACUCAGUGAGGGGACACAGAGAGCAGUGAGUGACACUCAGUGAGGGGGACAGAGAGCAGUGAGUGACACUCAGUGAGGUUAGACAGAGGGCAGUGAGUGACACUCAGUGAGGGGGGACAGAGGGCUGUGAGUGACAGUGAGGGAACACAGAGAGCAGUGAGUGACACUCAGUGAGGGCAGACAGAGGGCAGUGAGUGACACUCAGUGAGGGAGACAGAGGGCAGUGAGUGACACUCAGUGAGGGCAGACAGAGGGCAGUGAGUGACACUCAGUGAGGGAGACAGAGAGCAGUGAGUGACACUCAGUGAGGGGAGACAGAGGGCUGUGAGUGACACUCAGUGAGGGGACACAGAGGGCAGUGAGGGGAGACAGAGGGCAGUGAGUGACACUCAUUGAGGGGACAGAGAGGGCAGUUAGUGACACUUAGUGAGGGGACAGAGAGGGCAGUUAGUAACACUCAGUGAGGGGAGACAGAGGGAUGUGAGUGACAUUCAGUGAGGGGACACAGAUGGCAGUGAGUGACAUUGAGGGGCGACAGAGGGAUAUGAGUGACACUCAGUGAGGGGAUACAGAGUGCAAUGAGUGACACUCUAAAGGUAAAAAAGAGGGCAGUGAGUGACACUCUGUGGGGGGAAAAGGACAAUGAGUGACACUCUGUGAGGAGAGACAGAGGGCAGUGAGUGACACUCAGUGAGGGGACACAGAGGGCAGUGAGGGACAUUCAGUAUGGAACAUAUAGCGGUCAGUGACACUCUGAGGAACAUACAGGGCAGUGAGUGACACUCAAUGAUGGGAGUUAGAGGGCAGUGAAUGACACUCAGUGAGAGGCUAAAAAGGAGGUUGAGUCACACACAAUGAUUAGAGUUUUUAGAGGGCAGUGAGUGACACUCGGUGAGGGCUAUAGAGGGGGCUGAGUGACACUCACUGAGGGACAUAGAGGGCAGUGAGUGACACUCAGUGAGGGGAGACAGAGAUUACUGAGUGUUUCUCAAUGAUGGAAGAGAGAAGGGAGACAGUAACAUUCACUGAGGGAAAAAGAAGGGUCUGAGAUCUGUCUGUCUAUCUCAUACUUUUUAUUAUUAUUCUUGCCAUUUAUAUAGCGCCAACAGAUUCCGUAGCGCUUAAUAUAUAUAUAUCAUUUGUUUGCACAUCUGUAUGUAAUGUCCAAGGAAUUAAAUACUACCAACUGUCAUUUGUUAUUGUUUACUAAUGUAUUUUUAUUUUUGCAGAAGCUCGAAGCUAAUUGUAAGAGAUGUGUUUGAAUUGUCUGAAUUUGAUAUUGAGACCCCUGUAAAGAUCGCUUACAUUUGUAACGUAGUGAGUAUUUUAGGAUGUCUGUUUCAUUUACUUGUUCGUUUGGUAGGAUUUUGUAUCUUUAAUUGCAGAAAAUGGUGCUAAAAAGGAUUAGAGGAAUUUCCAUUUAAAUAUAAAAAUUGCCAAAUUAUGGUAGAAUAUUUCUCUAUUUUUACUCAGUGAAGGGACACAGAGGGUAGUGAGUGACACUCAGUGAGGGCAGACAAAGGGCAGUGAGGGAACACUCAGUGAGGGGACACAGAGGGCAGUGAGUGACACUCAGUGACGGGAGACAGAGGGCAGUGAGUGACACUCAGUGAGGGGACACAGAGGGCAGUGAGUGACACUCAGUGAGGGCAGACAGAGGGCAGUGAGUGACACUCAGUGAGGGGAGACAGAGGGCAGUGAGUGACACUCAGUGUGGGCAGACAGAGGGCAGUGAGUGACACUUAUUUUUACAUGCACAUGUUAGUUUGGCUUAAAAUUGUAUUCACAUUGUAUUGGGAACAGUGACUUUGGUUUAAUUGUACUUAAAAAAAAAAAUGUCAGUGAUUUCAGACCCUGAAAAAUAGGUGUCUCGCUUUUUUACACACAAAUCUUUUGUUGUAGGUUAUAUCAUAGCAGACGCUAUGCGUUUCCUUGCAUUGUAUUCUAUAAAAUAGUAAUAAUUAGUGCUCCUAUUUACUGACAUUUGCAACAAAAAAACUAAAAACUAAUUAUGUAAAACAAACGAAGGUGUAAUUUUGCAGACAUAAACAGUUAAACACUUCUUUCAUUUCUAUCAGAAUGAAACUGAAAGUAAUGCCAAUCACACCCUCCUGUGAGUACAGAGAGACACUCCCUUAAAGGAACACUCCAAGUACCAUAACUACUGCAGGGAGCUUCAGCUAAUUGCUUUUUGCCAGUGAGCCAAGUUUUGCACAUUCCUUUGGAAGUGGUGGUGGUGUGAGGCAGCAAAAGCAAUGUAUUCAAACAGGAGGGGAUGCUCCUUAGUGGUCAAGAUAUAGGAGAAUCACCUAAGAAUGAUUGCAAUAGACAGAAAUAAUCAGAAUGUUGUUGGGCUUAUGACUUUUCAUUUUGAUCACAGCAUUCUUAACACAAAACAUUAGCGGUUUACUUUACAUUUAACCUAUUGUGUCAGAUGUCUGUGAAAUUUGCUUAUGGAGGUGUGUCUGAGGAAAAAAAAAAAAGAACUAUGCAUUGCUUUUAUCACAAAAAUAGAAAUAGUGAUAAAUGCCUCCAAAUGUGUUGGGUGUACCAGUGACUCACUAUACGUGCUUUCUGCUAAUGUUGAUGCUAUUUUGUUUUCAUAUCUGUAGAUGGCACUAUUACAAAUCUGGGUGGAGAGAAUUGAACUUACUUUUCUUUUUUUUCAUGCAUAGGUGCAAUAAGUAUAGGCAUCAUUGUGCCACUUGAGCUAUAUUAAAACUUAGCACACCCCUUCCCCUCUCAAAUGCAUUGUUAUGAGCAGGAUAACGGCAUUGCUUUACGUUUAAGAAUUGCUUAAUUUAAAAGCCACAAUACAAAUGUCUGCUUAAUAAUUUUAACUGUGUAUGGAAAAAUCUUGCCAAAAUGAAUAUUCCUGUCUCCUGUGCUCACAAUUCAGUGAGCAGAGUUGUGUGCUCCUAUGUAAGUAGUUUGUAAUUUCUCCCUGUGUGGGUUUUUUUUUUCUUUUCAGGCGGCACAUUUGAAGACAUUGAUGUUUUGUGGUUGAGAAGCCGAGCGCAAACAUUGACAAAGCUGAGGUGGAGAUGGUGGUCGUAGCACAUUACUCACAAUUGGACGCCUACGCCCAAACACAAAAUCUACAGCUGCUUCACUUAUUUGUAUGUUAAGUGGAUAAUGUCAAGCUUGUUGUUCCUAUGAAUAUAAUAAUUUUAAGUUAUUAGUUUUAAGGUUUGUAUUUUAAUGCAAGGCAUUACAGAAACUUAUGUUUGUACACCUGCCUUACCAAUACCUCUCUGUUAUGGCAGUAUUUGCUCGCUAUUUUGCUAGUGCAAGAUAUAUAUUACGAAAGAAUUCUCAAACUCAUCUCUUUUUCUCAUCUUUGGCCUAAAAUUUGAAAUUCACUAUGACAUUUCUCACUUUGGUGAAUGCCCCAGAGGCAGAGUUAGUUGAGUCUCUUUAAACUGUGAGUCAAUGAACAAAACUAUUAAAGUGUAAAUGUAAGAUUACAAGAGUUAUCGUAAAAAAACCUUGUUUUGCUGACUCUCCAGGACUCCACAGCUCUUUUUAGUGAGUGAAACCACAGCUAGAAGACAAUCGUCAUUAAGCAAAUAGAAAAGCUGACUUUGGACUUUUGAGGCUCCCAACAGUUUCAUUUACUGCCAGGAGAUCAAAUAGUGGUUAUAAAGGGUUAGUAGGACAUUCAUUCACACUCAUUCAGUGGAUACAUUGUGAAUGCAUAGAGAUCAGGUGGAGGAUCUCACUGCUUGUCCCAAUGCAAAUACCUUCUCUCCAGGUUCUAAAGUCUCUUCACACUGAUAUUGAAGGUGUAUUAUUUAACAGUUUCCUGCACUUCCCAUUCAUUUUCUGUCUCACUCUUAUGAGGAUGUUGUGGGAAAAUUAAAUUCUGUACAUUUCAUGGGAUCUGAGGUAAAGAGGCAAAGGAUUUUAAAUAUUUAUUUAGUGUAUGAAUUGGACUGCUUACAGUGUGAUGAUCCAGCUUGCACCAUUAUAGAAUAUGAGAUAUAUUUCCCAGGUAGUAGUCACUGGCGUGUACAGGCUGAGCGAGAUCGUUAUUGGUUACUGUAACCAUUCUUACACUUUCAUUCUCUUAUUGACUUCCUAAUAGAUAUAUUACACUGCUGUCUGAUCCUGUCUUAGAGAAAGGUAUUGUCUGAGAGACUAAAGCAAUCUGAAUAUGUUUUUGCAUUUAGUUACAUGUGUUGCAGAAUCAGUUGGGGCAAAUCACCCUUUGGUGGAAGCAGCUAUUAGAUCACAUAAUGUUAAAGAUCUGUGAGAAUUCUUUCUUUCUCUUCCCUGACAGUUUCUUUGCUCUACAAAGAUUGAGAGGUGGAUGUGAGAUUAGAAAGGAAAUGGCUGUGUUUGACACCCCAUACCAGCGGCUGGAGCCUUCCUACACUGAUUCACCUCUGGGGGAAGAUGAUCUGCUGGUACAUGUGCCUGAGGGCAGUAAGUGUAAGUCUCUACAUCAUUAUUUUGUAUUGUACAAUCUAUUGGUCUUCUGCAAAUAAAAGUGAAUACAUAUAUAAACAUAUUAAAAAAAAAUCUAUCAUUUAUAAAAAUAUACCAAUAUAUCGAAAUUGAAGUAUAUUAAAAUAUUAGUCAAAAUAAGAAAUCACUUUUAAAAUUUCAUCCAACAAUCUUAUAUUAUUGCAUUUGCAGUGCUCAUACAAAAAUAAUACAUCAUCAACUAUGGUGGAUAACUGAUACAGGCCGAAAUAGCGGAACUGGAAAACAAAUCUCAAGCUUUGCUAUUUUACCCUAAAACUUUAAAUUUUCUUUAAUUUAACAAUCUCACAGAGUCAGUUGAAGGAUUACCCACUUUAAUGGUCCUUCUGCUGGGGUGCAGACAUUGGAAAAUAAGUGACAAUUUCCUGUUCCCUCCUGACAGCCUUCCAUACAAUUGGUGAAAGAUGUCAUUCUUUGUCACACUCAGACCCUCUGCUUGAGGAUUACUUAGGCCAGUAAUGGCACCUACUGUGCUGUACGGUUUGAACAUGUGACCUGCUUGUUGAAAUAACUGACAGGUUGUUUAAUAUAUUUUAAUAUGUGCUAUGAUCACGAUGAUGAAAUUAUUUUCACAUCGUUUGUUUAGGACAAUAAUUUUUGCCAAGGAGCAGCUGCCUAUAUUGUGUUAGCAAUUUGUUUUGUAUGUAUUUUCUCUAUGAAAGGUUUAUCCCUGAUUUAAAGUGAUAAGAAUGGCUGUCAUUGCCUUAACGAUAUAACAAAAAGAGACGAGCCUCUUCCAUUUAAUUAGAUUUAGGACCAACUGGGGCAAAUAUAAAUUUUCAGUGUCUGCUUUCCAUUAAACCAGGUGGAAGCACUAACCUGGGAUUUAAUUAAAUCAUCUGUGAAAUUGUCUUCAGUCAGUUUACCUUCUUUCAGAAUUCUCACCUAAUGGUGAAUAAUUAGGUCCACGUCACCACCUAGAAAUGCACUAUAUUUCUGCUGCAAAUAACUUUCUCAGAAAUAGUUUUCUGGUUUCUCAAUGCUUCCCAGAACAUAUGAAGUUGGGGAAGUUUAUGUUUCAUUCUGAUUUUACUUUGCAUAGUUUUCCGUAUAUAAGGAAUAAGUAUGAUAUGAGAAUACAAGCUGGUUGUGGAUGCACUGAAUGUCACCCCAGCAGAGGUGGGAAGUGUGUAGGAAUACCUAGUAUAGUCAUGCUGUCCCGAGCAGGAAAUAUGAUUUAGAGGAUGAUAAAAUAUAGAAUAAAGGUUAUGGUUGUCAUAUUGGGAAUCGUUUACACUAAAUGCACCACCUGCAAUUUAUAUUAUCAAUGCCUGUUUUUAUGUUUUUUUCUCACCAGCCCCGUGGCAUCAUAUCGAGAACCUGGAUCUCUUCUUCUCUCGGGUAUCCUUUGAACAGAGGGAAACUAAUAAUAUUUGAUGGUGAAAAAAUAUAUAUGUUUUGCAGAGUUAUUUACCUUAUUGAUGAAGAAUAAAAGAAUGGUACUAAAACUGUCGGACGAUGCCCUAUUUAUGAGAAUUAAUUCCAUGGCAUUGUUAUGGUCUGAUAUAAUAGAUCCUAAGCAUUUAACGUUGCUAAAAUCAUGGAUAUAUUUUUUUUUAUAUUUGCAUGUCACCAAAUGGCUAAUUUAUGUAGAACCAUUUUUUUUUUUUCCAGCUGAUUAUUGUUUUCUUAACUAGGAAAUAUCAGGUGUACAAUCUACAUCAGAAGAAUGGCUUUACCUGCAUGCUGAUUGGGGAACUUUUCGAGUUACUGUAAGUUUGUUUAUUUAUGUUGGGAUACCUUUCCCAUACAUAGAGUACACUGCAUGAUUAGCAAGUGUUCCUUCAAAGAUCAGACGUCCAUAUCUAAAACCAAUAAGCAAGGAUUCUGUAUAAAAUUAUUUUCUUCUACUUCCAACUUUGAUACAAUGCUUACAAUUUUAAUAUAGACAUCUAUUCAUUCCCUCACGUACAUGUGAGAAGGUGCUCUGUGCAUUAUCAGACUUAGUUUACAUAAUUCCAACUGCCCCAUGCAACAGACUAUUAACCUGUUCACUAACAAGUUAUUUGAGAAAUAAUCCCCAUCCAGAAUGCUUAUUUUUUUUUUGUGUUCUAGAAAGUUAUGUAUAAAUGUAUUUUUCCUGUCAGUAUGAAUAUAUAGCAUAUUAUUUAAUGACAAAACAACAUCUUUAUUUGAUCCUUGCUAAAUUAACUCAAAUGAGAUAGUGAGUAAUGGCGGUAAACUCCUGAAUACAAAAGGUAUUUUAUUUACAAUUUGUUAAAAUGAUGAGAACCAUGUAUACGAGGGAUUGAGGUUUGGAUACAUACCUCUGCUGUACAUUUAUGUGGUAACAUGAGAGAAGGAGUAAGUCCUCCCAGGGGAAGUUAAUUUAAUUCAGAAUUGCAAAAUUCAGGCUAAAAUAGCCAAGCUGUUACUAUAUCAAGUGUUACAUUUAAAAAUGAACUUUGUUACACCCCAUGACAAUGAUUUAGAAAACCAGUCCUGUUAUUUCCUGGUUUGGUUAGCUCAGUGGAGCUGAACUCAAGAGGCAGCAAUUGUCCAGAGCACCUGCCUUGUAAAGACUUCUCAUUGAGCUGCAUUGGGGAGUCUGUGAUUGGACAGCCACAGAAAGUCUGGGAAGUCUUGGAAGGAUCGAAAAUGAUUUGUCCUUUCCAGGGUUUAAAUCAAUGACUCUGAGAGCACCUGGAGCCAUAACCACUGGGUUAUCUCACCCACUUUUCUAUUGUUACUUACGCACACUUUCCUACCCCUGCUCUUACACAUUGUUCUACUGUCUUUUUGCAGGCAGUUCAUCUUUGUGGUCAGUUUCACUACAUUUCUAGUAAGUUGUGUGGAUUAUGAUAUCCUUUUCGCCAACAAGAUGGUCAACCACAGUCAUACUGACAAUGUCAAAGUUACUUUGCCCGAUGCCUUUCUUCCGCCCACAGUUUGCCAAGCCAGGUAAAGAUACGUUUUCUAGAGUUAUUGCAAGAAAAUUAGCCACCUAUCUAAUUAAUUCACAUGUUUUGUUUUUCAGAAUUAAAUUGGGGGCUUAGAUGUGGGGUAUAGUGUGGUUUUUCACAUACAGUUAAUGUGAGUGAAUAAUCAGUCAUUGAUCGUGUAUCUUUCUUCUCCAUCACAGAAUACAAGAAAAUGGUUUCCUUAUGAGUCUCCUGGUCAUUGCUAGUGUUUUUUGGAUUCACAGACUGGUAAAAUUUAUUUACAAUAUCUGCUGUAAUUGGGAGAUUCACAACUUCUACAUACAAGCUCUGCGCAUUCCCAUGGUAAGUAAGCAGUAUUCAUGAGAACCCUACACCAUCUAUGAUUUAUCCAGAUUUGUGUUAUAAUGGCUAAAACCAAAUCAUAGUGAAUAAUGUAGAGCCAUAAUUACUAGGUUUUUCCCAGUCACUCUAAUAGCCGUCUAAUGUCCUCUUAUCUAGACUCAUUAGGGUCAUAGAAAAUGAUGUCACACAAAUUCCACUGUGGUCUCCAGGUAAUUCUUUUUCAAGGUCUGCAAGACAUGGACUUGUAUUUAUUUAGACCCACUCUAAAAGUACGUUAGAUUCUAUUAGGCUGUUUAGGAAAAUAUAUCUUCCCAGAGAAAUGACUAUUAAGCACACAAAAACUAGCAAACAAGAAAACAUUACAGACCACUCCCUUGUAUCUGGCUUUUUGUUUGUUAUUUGUAAUGUUUUACACAAACCUUUUAUUGCGAUUCCUUUGUUUUUAGGUUUUAGGUGUUGCUUCCCACCUAUUCAUGGUUUUCAUUGAACUUUUUCUUUUUUUUUUUUUUCUUUCACGGCAGUCAGGAUCCACUUCAGGCAUCAUGUCAAUGCAUUGCCCUGUUACUAUUAUUAAUAUUUAUAAAGCGCCAACAAAUUCUGCAGCGUUGUACAAUGGGUGGACUAACAGACAAGUAUUUGUAACUAGACAAGUUGGACGCACAGGAACAGAGGGGGUUGAGGGCCCUGCUCAAUGAGCUUACAUGCUAGAGGGAGUGGGUGGCAGAAAAGGUAAGGGUAGGGUAUAAAAGUAGGUUGCUAGAAUAGAUUUCAACGAGGACCCCCUUUUAAGUUUGUGUUUUCACUUUGAGCAAAGUAUGGGUGAAAAUGCAUAAACCAAUAAAUUCUACCCACAGACAUCCUGUUUGAAUGUUACUCAGUCUGUUCAAUGUUCAAAAUAGGAAAUAGAUGAAUAUGUACACAGCUGUAUUUAUGCAUAUUGCUGAUUUGUAAAGACUUUUUCCAGGUUAGGUUUGCUCCUCACACAGCGAAAUUACUGGUCUAAAUGCAUGUAAAUCAUGAAACUUCUUUAACCAUCCUGAGUAGCUAGUUCAUUAGAUAGAUCAAUAACUGUGUUGAUUUCUCUGUUUUUCACUUCUCCUUCUGGUCACCCAGAAUAUUUGUGUUUUCUGUGUAUAUCAAAUGCUAAUGCUCAAUUUUCUUUCUUUCCACUGUUUUACAGUGUGAACUUCCUUAUUACACCUGGGAAGAGGUUCAGAGUCGCAUUGUGCAGAUCCAGAAGGAACAUCAGAUUUGUAUCCACAAGAAGGAGUUAUCCGAGCUGGAUGUGUCUCACAGAAUCCUGCGAUUCAAGAAUUAUAUGGUGGCCAUGAUCAAUAAGAACCUGCUCCCACUACAGCAUCGUGCACCUCUGCUGGGAGAUACAGUCUUCUACACCCGUGGACUGAAGUACAACUUCCAGCUUAUCUUUUUCUGGGGGCCUGGCUGUCUCUUUCAGAAUGAGUGGAGCCUUAAACCCGAAUAUAAGCGAGCAGGAGCACGUCUUGAACUGGCAGAAAAGCUUUCACAACGUAUCUUGUGGAUUGGACUUGCAAACUUGGUUCUCUGCCCCCUUGUACUUGUCUGGCAGAUACUUUACGCUUUCUUCUGCUACACAGAAGUGCUGCGGCGGGAACCUGGCAGUUUAGGGGCACGUUGCUGGUCUUUGUAUGGUCGCUGCUACCUCCGACAUUUCAAUGAGCUGGAUCAUCAGUUACAAACAAGGUUGAGCCGAGCGUACAAGCCAGCCAGCAAGUACAUGAACUGCUUCUUAUCCCCCCUUUUGGCUGUGGCUGCCAAACACUUGGGUUUCCUGGCAGGCUCCAUAUUGGCAGUGCUGAUAGCACUCACUGUCUAUGAUGAAGACGUCCUUGCUGUGGAACACGUGCUGAGUGCUGUUACUCUACUUGGUGUUGUCGUAACUAUCUGCAGGUCAGGUUACAGUGCACGAGGAAGCAGAAAAGGGAUACUUUGCCCAAAUAAACAUCCUGAAUAUUAUAAAUACAAAUUUUCAGGGUGUGUGGGGCAAAUAAUAUAUUACAGCUAUUAUUUAAAUAGCAUAGAAGGAAGAGGAUUUAAUCAACCAACAGUUAAAGUAACAUAUGUUUGCCAGUCUGUGACAAUAUGUCCCUAAUGUUCUCUGCUUCUUGUUGGAUUGUACAGGAGAUGAUAAUGUUUAAUUAUUUUUGCAGGUCUUUCAUUCCAGACCAGCAUCUGGUGUUUUGUCCAGAGCAGCUUCUGCGGGUGAUUCUAGCUCAUAUCCAUUACAUGCCUGACCACUGGCAGCGCAGUGCACACCGCUCAGAGACCCGUGGAGAAUUUGCUCAGCUUUUCCAAUACAAAGCAGUGAGUCACAUGACCAAGACCUAAUGACCAACGGCUGUAGACUUAUUUUUCUAGAAAUUAAAAUCACACGUGUUUGUGGUUAGUUGUAUUUUGCGGGAUUUCAGUUAAAGAAAAAUCAUAAAUAACAAACAACUGCAUUUUCAGAAAUCAUUCCCCAAAAUACAGAAAGCAUGGUGUAUGUAUUCUAUAUUUUGUGUGAUAUAUGGUGAAGGGUCCUGGCAAAUUGUUAAUUAUUUACUCCACGUUCAUAUUAAAAAGAACUAUACUAACAUGGUAAUCAAGAGUAAAAGCAGGAAUCCUCAAUAAUGAACACUGGGGAACAAAGGAAGAGUGUCGAUUGUACAAAUUGCACAAAUGCGUAUUUAUUUUAUUUUAAGUUUUAUUGAAAUUUCAUAUAAUGUAGACAAUCUUUGCUUCUCUCCUCCCACUCCCUUAUACAUGAUUCAUAAAGUAAAUUUCAGUUUUGCAUUUGAUAAGUAUGUAAGUUGUAUAGUUAUUUCAUUAUUCACAUGAUGUACAGUUCUCUUACCGUUAUCCACACACUUUCCUGUUUAGGUGAAUAAUCUGCCUUUACAAACAUUAUUGUCCUUUGUAGGAAGUUGAGGUCCUAAUUAAGUUUCAUUUAACAUUAACUGUUGUAGCCAUCUAUAUAUUUUUUUUUAAUCCCUUUUGGGUUUAAUAUAAUAUUUUCCCUGUAGGUAUUUAUACUAGAAGAGUUGCUCAGCCCUCUCUUGACGCCUUUAGUGCUAAUUUUUCGGCUUCGCCCCAAGUCGCUAGAGAUCAUCGAUUUUUUCCGAAACUUCACAGUGGAGGUGGUGGGAGUCGGAGACACCUGUUCAUUUGCACAGAUGGACGUCCGUCAGCACGGCAAUCCUACGGUAAGCCAACGUGCCAUGAAAACAGUUUAGGUAAUGAAAAAUUAUAAAUUACAGUAGUGAAUCAAAUUGUGAUUUGCUUUACAGCUCAGGCGUAGUUAGCCCUGAACCAAACGGUUCUCCAGUACUCACAUUGCUACUACCACUAAGUCACAAGUUCUCUGAAUGAACUAAUUGUCGCAUGCAAAAUAUAUAUUUUUAGUAAUAAGAUUAACCUCUCUGCCAGGGAAUUCAUUGCUGUAGCUCUCACAGCUAUGUCCAACCCCGUUCAGGUUUAUAUAUCUCUUAUUGAUCUAGAUAUAAUUAUUUAAAAAGAUCAAAAUGAGCAGUCAGUCGGGGUGAGAGGGUUAAGUGCAUGCAGGCAUAUUAUGUGUUCUAAGCACAACCUGGAUAAUGCAGCUUUGGUGGGCUGAAUGAGGAGCAAUAGGUACAUGUUACUGAAGAUUUACACAUAACAACUUCCCCUAGCCCCUAACCUUUAAAUUAAAUAUAUCUUAAAACAAUUACACUGUUCAAAACCGACAAAAGCACAAUGGUAAAAUGACAAAGUACCUGCUUCAAGUGGUGGAACUAAAAUGUAAUUAUAAAGAGAUGGGGUAGGGCUGCGCCAGCUGAAGGGUAAAAUAACCUAAAAUUGUCCAAAAGAGUCUCAAUAGAGCAACAAUGCUUGAUGGGAUAUAGAUAAGUAGUUGUUUCAGUAGGGGUGCGCCCUAGUGUCUCAGGGUAUUCGCAUAUAUGAAAGACAAAGAAACGGGCAUCCAGUAGUGCGGUACGUCUAAAAUCCAAUGGGUAAAAUAGUAGAAGGUAGAAAACUCACAUUCAAAAGAGCUAUGGCCAACUCUGGUGUGAAGGGCGUACAACGAUAUAAUCCCCGCUGCUGGGAUGUGUAAAGGAAAUGCGUCUAUAAGCGCCGUCUGGUCAUCUGAAGCUCCACGGGAAAUAAAAAGAGGCGACAAUAGUGCUCUGAAUGGAUAAAAGUAAGUAAAAGUAACUAGAAUAAUACUUACAGGUAUAGAGAAGAAAAUACUGCUCUAUUAAUAAGGUGUUGGUGGUAUGAUCCCCACCUGGGAUUUCUUUAAGUGCAGGAACAAUAAUAAAAAGCCAGGAAAGUAAAAAUAGUAGAAGUGCAUAAAAAUACAAUAAAAAGAGAAUUGGCACAAUAAACUAACCAAAAACCUUUAAUUGAUCUAAAAUACACAAUUUAAAAUAACCAUUUACGCGUUUCACCAAAAAUACUUUUUCAAAAAGGUGUACAACGGGUAUUAUACUGUUGUACGCCCUUCAAACCAGAGCUGGCCAUAGCUCUUUUAAAUGUGAGUUUUCUACCUUCUACUAUUUUACCCAUUGGAUUUUAGACGUACCGCACUACUGGUUGCCCCUGUUUCUUUGUCUUUCAUAGAUGCGAAUACCCUGAGACACUAGGGCGCACCUCUACUGAAACAACUACUUAUCUAUAUCCCAUCAAGCAUUGUUGCUCUAGUGAGACUCUUUUGGACUAUUUUACGUUAUUUUACCCUUCCGCUGGUGCAGCCCUACCCCAUCUCUUUGUAUAUUCUCAUCUAUUGAAGGAUUUGAAGGGUCUCCUUCAUUUGGUUUGCUGCCUAUUUACAUGUUGUUUGUUAAUUCGCACUGAUUUCAUUUUGUUUUCUGAAUAAAAUGUAAUUAAUUAUGUUCACCAUUAGUAUUUGUCAGGAUUGGUAGGUAGUCACAACAAGCACAUUUUGGUUAGAUAAGAUAAACAGAGGAAGUAGCCUAUUACCAGCCCUUAGAAGUGACCAAAAGCGAGACUAGUCAAAGACACGCCAAGGUCAAGGGACAACAAGAUAGUAAGACUAGCCAAGUUUGGGAUAGGAGAAAUCAGAAAGGUCAGAGAACAAGCCAAAGUUCAAAAACAAUAAUAUUGUGGCAUUAUUAUAUAACACUCUCGCAGGCUUCUAAAGACCAUUACAGGGCACAGGUCAUUGUGGACUGAGUAUAUAUAGACAUUAGAUGCCGGUAUCGCAUUGAGUAAUGGACUGACGCAGAGAUGGAACAGGUACCCUGACACUAUUGGUUUGUAAGAAACAGUGAUUCACUAUGUGUAUACCUUUUUGCAGUGGAUGUCUGCAGGCAAGACUGAGGCAUCCGUAUACCAGCAGGCAGAAGAUGGAAAGACGGAGCUUUCCCUCAUGCAUUUCGCAAUCACAAACCCGCGAUGGCAGCCCCCCCGUGAGUGCUCCACUUUCCUGAGUCAUCUAAGGGAACAAGUGCAAAGAGACAGCACAGUAGCAACUCCCAAAAAUGCCACCGGACCUGCACAUCCCCUGCAUUACUCUCAUUUAUUGACUCAAAUUGACUCUGAGGUAUGAACGUUCCCCCUAUGUCUGUUCUCACAAAUCUCACAGCGGUAAAGCUUAAGAAGGUCAAAUAAAUAAAUAGUUGAAUAAUUUCAUGUAUAUACACUUUUGCAAGUGAUAUGACUAGCACAAUGCAUUGAUAAAAAGUCUGCUGUUGGUGACUGGUGCACUUUGACUCAACUUUUCUAGGUUCCCUGCAGGGUCACAUCUGACUCCAUAGCAUUUAACAAGGGUUGCAUAGAUAGAACAUUUCCAAAGUUUCCAUCUCUGAACAAUCACCAUAAAGAAAAAAGAAUAAUAUUCCUUAUUAGAACUCUGAAGACUUAAAGGACCACUAUAGUGCCAGGAAAACAUACUCGUUUUCCUGGCACUAUAGUGCCCUGAGGGUGCCCCCACCAUCAGGGACCCCCUUCCGCCCGGCUCUGGAAGGGGGAAAGGGGUAAAAACUUACCUUUUUCCAGCGCUGGGCGGGGAGCUCUCUGCCUCCUCUCCUUCUCCGAUCCGCCCCGUCGGCUGAAUGCGCACGUGCGGCAAAAGCUGCACGCGCAUUCAGCCGGUCGCAUAGGAAAGCAUUGAUAAUGCUUUCCUAUGGACGCUUGUGUGCUCUCACUGUGAUUUUCACAGUGAGAAGCAUGCAAGCGCCUCUAGCGGCUGUCAAUGAGACAGCGACUAGAGGAUUUGGAGGAAGGCUUAACCCAUUGAUAAACAUAGCAGUUUCUCUGAAACUGCUAUGUUUAUAAAAAAAUGGGUUAACCCUAGAAGGACCAGGCACCCAGACUACUUCAUUAAGCUGAAGUGGUCUGGGUGCCUAGAGUAGUCCUUUAACACUCACACUUAAAGGGAUGCUAUAGUCACCAGAACAACUACAGCUUAAUGCAUUCUAUUGAGUAUAGUCAGUCCCUGCAGAGAAAAGGCAGUGUUUACAUUACAGCCUACGUAUUCAUCUAGUGGUCACUCCUCAGAUUGCUGCUAGAGGUGCUUAAUGGGGCAGUGCUGCACAGUGUGCAGCAUUGGCAUUCAAUGUCUCCACCCUCUGCAUGCAGACACUGAACUUUUCUUUGAGAUGCAUUGAAUAAAUGCAUCUCUAUGAGAAGAUGCUGAUUGGCCAGGGCAGCAUUUGACCCUGUCCAAACCUACUUGACGAUCUCCGCCAAUCCAAUGCUAUCCCUGUAAGUGGGAAAGCAUUGGAUUGGCUAUCAUCAAUUCUGAUGUCAACCAAAGAGGCGGAUCAGGGAUGGGGCCAGCGCCUGCAGCCCCGUGGAGACCUGGAAAUAAAGUAAGUUUGAACCAUUUCUUAGGGGGGCAUGGGUGGGGGGGGAGGGUGGGAAAGCCACCUUAAUGGUGGUUUUACACUAUAGGGUCAGUAAUACGUUUGUAUUCCUGAUCCUAUAGUGUUCCUUAAAGUGAGCAAUUUUGAAUAGUGCAAAUUCGGCGUAUAUAACCAGUUAAAACACCAAUACUUGAAGUCUCUGGUUUUUUCCAGUUGGCUUAUGAAGAGAUUAUAUUUGGUGCUGUGUGAAACCCCUUUUAAGAAAUAUGGUGUAAACCAAGGAUCUCACAGCUCCCCCCUUACCCCAUAACUAGCCUUCCAUAUUGCUACUGUGGAUAUUAGGAUUCCACAUUUUCAAUAUCCGUUUGGAUGGCAUUCAAUGACUGAGAAGUCCACUGAAGUCCACUCAACCAGUGAAAGGCAUCCAAAUAUGCACAAAAUUGACAUUGUUAAUGCAGAAGUGGAACUUAUACAGUAGCAGUCAUGAGCAAACUGCUAAUCCAUGGCUGUCAAGGGAACCUAGAGUUUGUGUCAAACCAGUUAAAAUGGUUUGAUAUGACGCCGCAGGCGGCGGAGAAACAUCCAGAGCUUCAGCUAUUCCCAACCUGGGAAGGAUUUGGACUGAAACACAAGCUCUCGAAUCCGUGAAACUGAGAUGCGAGCUCUCAUCUGGGGCUGGAGAGACGCCGAUCUCUGCACCUGCCUGACACCGUUCCACAGCUGUUUCUAUGGGCUUCCGAGUACUGGUGUCGGGUGAGGAUGGACUCACCUUGCAGGACUGGUCCCCAGCUAUACUCGGCUGUUAUUUACUUGGACUAUACCGCCAUCCCACAUUCAUAUGCCAUACAUUUUGUAUCUUUACACUAAUUUUUUUUUUUUUAAUUCUUUAUUUUUGUUGUGCAUGGGUUUACAGCAGUGCUUGUAUAGCCACAACAGCUUCCACAAGCGCAUUAUUAUUUGAACAUAGGUAAGUUAUGCGUUAAAACUUGCACAUUUUUACAUUUAAUGAGUUGUAUGAACAAGCUAAGUUAAGUAAUCUCCUAUAUGAGAUUUGCAUCUAAUAGAUAGAUUGUAUGUGUUAGACAAGUAUGCCUAGUUUGAUUGGGUGUAGGUUAGCGUUUUGUCUGGGAAGGUCUAGGCGCAUGAGGAGGAGAUUUUGCUUUUCAUCAUCUUAAGUUAGGUCAGGCUGAAGAAGCCCUGUGUAGGUGCCAUAUAGUGAUCCCUUGGGGGGGGGGGAUUGUCACUUAAGGGUUCGGGAGUAUUGUGUAUGUUGCUUCUCUGUGGGUAGGUCACGUUUUGCAUCUGACUGAGUAGGCUCUAUACUGAGCUGGUUGCCAGGGUGUGUGGUAUCAGGGUUGCCUAGUGAGCAUCAGGUGAGUUGGUAGGUCUCGUGCCUGAGGGUUAGUGUAUAACUAGUGUAGGGAAGAGAGUGAGGGUGUGGGUAUAUACGCUCCAUUGUGUAGUUCGCCCACUCCUGAGGGGGGUAUUUGUUGGGGAUUAUGGGGGGUAAUCGCCAUCUCGGUCGUGUAAUUGUCAACCCAAAUUCGGGUUUUCAUGACUAGCCGUCGUGUAGUUUAAAAAAAUAAACUGAAGCAUUAAUGCUAAACGUUGAACACAUUUUAAACAGUAGGGCUUUGUUGGGGUGUUCGGCUGUCUUGUCGAGUUGCGUUUAAGUAUUUAGUGUUCAGUCCUGCUAAGGCUCCAUUUCCCGUGAUGUGGCGGCUCUCGGUGUGAAUAUGGCCGUGUUCACUGGGUCCCAGGCUUUGGAUGGUUUGUCUUGUGUUCUUACGGUCUGGCCUGCUAUGCCUAGUGAUGCAAGGAAAGAGGGUAUAUCUGCCCCUGCUUCUAGUGUGUGGACAGUCCCGUUAUGCGUAGCAUACAGCGUUCCAGGGGGGCCCCAUCUGUAUGUCACCCCAGCUGUUCUGAGUUGGGAAGUGAUCGGUGCCAAUGAUUUGCGCCAUUGCAGUGUGGCUCGUGUGAGGUCCUGGUAGAAGGUUAGAGAGGCGCCUUCAAAGGACAGCGGUGUUUUACCCUUCAGGGCUAGCAUAAUCUGGGCCUUAUCCUGAGAGGUGGCGCAGCGGAGUAUGAUGUCUUGCAUUUGGCCUGGUUUUGCCGUGGGUGAGCCUGGUAGUCGAAAUGUUCCUUCAAUGGUUAAUUUCCUGGUCACUGGGUGAGGUAAGAUGGUCGCCAUCAAUCGCCUGGCAUAGUGUGGUAGUUCAUCUGCGCUAAUGUUAGCAGGGACUCCCCUUAUCUUAACAUGGUUGCGGCGUAGUCUGUCUUCAAAGGCCGUCAGCCUGAGCGACAAGGCUGGUUGGUGCACUUGGAGCUGAGUAACUGUGUCUUUAAUUGUGGUCAAGUCAGAGUUAAUGCUGCCGAUGUUUGUUUCAGCUUGUGUUACUCGGCCUGUGACUGCCUGUAUGUCUGCUUUUAUUUGCUGGAGGUCUGCAGCCCAGACCUUGUGAAUGUCUGCCAGCAGUGCCUUUAAAUCAGCUUUGGUAGUGGGAGCUGUGCCAUCAUAGGGCUCUUGGGAUGGGGCCUGAUCUGUCUGCAGGGCUUGUGUGAUCCCUACCUCAUCACUCUGCCUCGUGGCUUCAAUGUGUGUAGGCUGCAGUACCUCUGUGGAGGGUGUUUUGCCCGGCGCCGGUCGUUGCAGCAUGGUGCCAAUAUCCCUGCACUCUGCCGCUGUGUGUGGUUUUUGGGACCGACGUCCCAUUGCUGGCAUUUGAUGUGGGGAUGAGGUGUCUGGGAGUUGCAGGCUGUGUCCCACUCUGCCGAUUGCGAGUAGGUCGUCCAGGCUGUAGGCUGGCGUUGCGCAGUAGGCCCCAGACCUGCGUUUUAUUUUUGCCUGUCUGGGCGGCUGGAAGAACGGCAUCGACGGAUGCAGGAACUCUCGGUGAGGUAGGUCGGCCGGGUUGCGUCGCCUUAUGGGGUAGGAUGCCCGCGAUUUUCGGUGGGUUUUAGGCGAAUUGCGGGGAGCUGGCUGAGAUGGCGUCUACCCUCGUUGGCCGCAAGCUCCGCCUCCUCUUUACACUAAUUUAGCUUUGCGUUCUUGCAUUAUUAUUAUUAAUAAAUAUAUAUAUAUAUAUAUAUAUAUAUAUAUAUAUAUAUAUAUAUACACACACGAUGCAGUGCAACUGUGGCAGAGAAGAUCUACACAGUGCUUACUUUAAGCUGAAGCCUCAGUAGCGUGUAGGUGUGUGGGGACUACACAGUGGUCUAUAUAUCUUGUUUGUUUUCGAUCCUUAGUUAUUCCUGAAAAGCACAGUAUAGCACAGUUCCUAGUUUAUCUUGUCUUGUGCCUACAUGCCUAAGUAGGGGUUUUAACCCCUUCAGCAACAUGGCAUGGGGGGUGGGAGGGAGAGGGGACCUGCAGUGCCAGGAAAACGGUUUGUUUUCCUGGCACUGGAGAAAACCCUUUAAAGAUUUACAAAAAAAAUGGUUUGACACAAAACUAGUAAAACCUCCAGUACCAUGCUGCCGCAAUAACCAAAAUUAUCUCAAGAAAUAGAUUUAUAAAGAUAUUCCUUUGCUGCUUUAUCAAGACGUAAGCAUACGUGUCAGAUAAUUUCAAUUUAAUUUUCUGUUUGUGACCCUUUAUUUGAUUUGUAACUGCAUUCCUAUUUGCAGUCAACAUGCAGCAGUGAAUUUUAGUGUUUCUUUUUUUUCUGUAUCUUUCUGUAAGUUCAUUUAGCUGUCUAAAUGUUUUGUGGCAAUAAAAUGCACUUUUAUUUUUUUUGUUAUUUUUUUUUUUUACAGUGUACGGCCCUUGGUUAAUUUUGAAUCUAUUAUAACUUGACAAUUACUGAGUCGUCUACUCUACAUGACCUUUAUUAUAUUGCUCGAGUUUUCCUCUUCUUGUCUUAUUUGCUUAUUUUACUUCCCUUUCUUCCAGCCGCACAGUCUUAUGGUGAACAUGGUUUCUGGUAUGUCUACCGGAGGGCACCUGUCUCAUGGCGAUGUGCCAUUCUCCCCGCACGUCUCAGCUGUGUCGGAAGUGGCUACUGCCUUGCGCUCUUUGUCACCUCAACAGUCAUGUCACCCAGUACAAAACCAGAGUGGAACAGGGUGAGGAAAAAGUGGAACAUCUUUCAAAGAAGGAAUUAAUAUAAUUGUGUGUGUUUAAACUGAGUUUCAAGACAAUGUUUACAAUGGAGGCUAUGGGCCAGAUUGCCACAAUAAAUAUUAGCUUCAGUAUAUGAUUUCUUGUGUCUACAGUCUGGCUAAGAUCCUUCCCCAAUACUCCGCUAAUUCAGCAGAGUAAUCUAAAAUGUUUAUUACAGUUAAUGAUUAAAUUUUGCUUUUCACUGAAUCCUCUUCUAAUAUGGCAGGUCAAUAUAAAAUAAUAUUUAGUCAUUUCUGGUACAUGGCUCCAUUUAUCUGUUUUCGAAACUUUUGUUUAAGAGUGAUUAAGAAUUGAGUGUCUCGUUUCCAUGUAGCGCUGACUUCAGGAAUGCCAGUUUUGGGAGCAGCGUGUGGGAAGGACCCAUGAACAGUGGCACUUUGUCUGAAUAUGCAUCCACCGAGAUGAGUCUCCACGCACUUUACAUGCACGAAGUGAGUACCUCUAAGCCAGACCUCACAUCCUAUGCUUUAACCAGGAGACAUUGUAAUAGAUGGCUGCUCCCCCUUUAGACUAAUUUUAGUGUUUUAUUGUGCAAGAGAAACAUAUGGCUUACAGAUAUAGGCAUACGUUUGAACAUGUAUCAACAUAGGUUUGGCAUAGGUAUUCAUAGCACAGUAUACAUAUAUAUAUAUAUAUAUAAAAGAGAUGUAGUCGUGGUGUCAACCAGUAAGCCAGGCAUGUCUAGAUCCUGAAGGAGUCUGAGUGUGCCAUAUCUGGAGUGUGAAAUAGACAUGUGUAGUGUGAUAUAUUUAUGUUGGGAAGACAUACGAGAGAGGCACACAGAAUAGUUGUAUUAUGAGGGACGUGUUAGACAUUAAUAGCACUUCUGUCUCUUACUUCCCUUGCCAGAGUAGAGGGGUACAACCUAAGGUUCGGGUAACCAUUAGCUUAUAUUUGUCCCCAACAUGGGUCUCCUCUCACCUGAUGCCACGUGUGCAUUUAGCUAUACCGACUGAUGUCAGGCGAGGGUGGGUGGGAUGAACCCUUGCAGUGCAUGAGAGCUACUGGAGGCCCACCAUAAGGUCGGAGAAGCCCCCAACCGUGGGUGUUGUAUAUCAAGAUAUAGGAUGGUAUUUCCACUGCUCGUAAGGGUGUCUUGGGUGUGUGGAAACUAGGUCGGUGAGGCAUACACGGUCAUGAGUGAAAAGAGAAGACAACUUAAGGAAGCUGCUCCCCUUCAGACCACCAAGAAUUUGACUUUCAGAAAAAUGUAGGCCGUGGUAUUGUGGCUUGAAAUGUUUACUUAAAGAGGAAAUCCAUGGUCUGAGGCUGGCAGUUGGUAUAACGAAGAGGCAAAGUUUAAUUACAUUGAACCAGGAUUAUUGAGAAAAUACUAAAGCGAUUCCAAAGCCUGUGAAUGUCUUAGCAACUAUGGGUGGAAGAAACAAAUGGUGGGCCUCCAGUAGCUCUCAUGCACUGCAAGGGUUCAGAAAUUGGGUAUUUCUCUGUGUUGUUCCAGGGAGUUCAAUUAUAUAAUAUAAACAUUGGGCAUUCAUAGAGACUGGUUUGGAAAUCACAGAAAAAUAUAGGUUGUGAUGAUCCUUCAAGUCUGCCUGUUUUACGUACUUUCUUCAUAUUCCCAAGCAUUUUCAAUUCCUUUAUUAUGUUGGCCUUUAUCGGGUUAAAGCUAUUCUACAUAUGCACUACCCUUUUAUUAAAGUAAUCUAAUCUUCAUUACUUGCUCCGUUAACCAGUCUCCUCCAUCAAAUCAUGCCAUCUUCAAAUGAUUUACUUUUUUAGUGAGUGAUAGGGGGUGUGGGGCUAGCCAUCCAUUUUAUGUUAAUGAAUUAUUAUCUUAAUGUUGAUGGAUUUUUACAUUAUUUUAUAUGUUCUCUCUUCUUAGCUGCAUCAGCAACACACACAUAUGGCACCGGGUCGUCACAUUUGGCACCGCCAGGAGAGUGAUGAGAGUGGUGAGAGCAUGCAUGGUGAUACCCUUGUACACACUACAUCUAAUGUACCAUCCUCUGCCAGCUGCCCGUCACCUGCAGCACUUUUUCAGGAAGAGAGGUUGCCAUCACUGGGCACACACAGAAUUAGUGCCAGCACAGGUACUGAUAUUUUAGUUCAUCAUUAAUUACACAUUAAUCUUAAAAAUAGUGUUUGCUACAUUGAUAAAGGGAGUAUUAAUCCCAAAUACACUUGGAUUAAGGGGGUUGAUUGAUUUUUAAUGUUUGGUGCUUUUGCUCUAUCACAUAGAAAAGUUUACUGAAAUUUAGAAGCAAGCAGAAGAUGCAGUCACCAUACUUGUACAAGACAAUUCAUUUCACAUAAAAAGAAAGCAAGAAUUUAAACAAUGCACUCCCAGCACCUUGACCACGUCAGCUCGCUAUGGCGCAAAGUGUCCAUAGAGGCAGGUGGGGCAGCACCCUUCCCCCAUCCAGUUUUUGAUGCAUUUAAAAAUGAAAACCAAAUCUACUGGUGUAGUAAGGAAUAAUUGUAAAUCUAAACCCUGAGUGAUGGCAGAAGAAACUGCAUAGAUGCUAUGCAACUAAUCCUCUCAAGAUUUUGGGGUAUUUUCUCUCUUUUUGGAUCCCUUAGACAUGCUUAGACAGCUUUAACAGGAUUUCUGCCAUAACUUUUGAUUUUACAUUGGACCAACAGAUACUGGACACCCUAAAUAACUCCUUUUAAAAAAUAUUUUUCUUUUUGUCACCUUUAGAUAUGGGAUCCAUGUCAAGACCAACAUCUAGUUUAGCAAGACAGCCAAUGGGAGGGUGGAGUGAAGAAGGACAAUCAAGCAGACACCCGGAAUCUGUACCAGAGGAGGGAUCUGACGAUGAAUUGCCACCGCAGGUCCAGAAGGUAAAUUUUCAAACUCAUCUUUAACAUCUUCAUAAUAUAAGCAUUAUAAGCUUAUUACUGUGAGGGUUAACAGCUUUUCUUUAUAACCUACCCUCUGCGAUUGUUAUUGCAGUUGUAGACAUCAAGAAGUCCUCCGAAGAGGAUGUCUGUCGACAUUUCCCCACAUCGUCUUCAUUGCUUUAUUUCUUGUUGAUCAGGAGAGAAAGUAGGAACUUUUUGUUCGUGUAUUCAUGUGCCAGGAUGAGCGAUUAUAUGAUCUAUCCAUAAGACUCUUUACACAUGCAUGUGACUAUUCUGCUGGAUUCCACGUGUUUGGUUUGUAUGCAUAUUGUGGAUCUUUUUAAAGGGACGCUUUAGACUGGCUUUGACCCAUUCUGGUUUUUAAAUUAUAUAGAUAAUAUGCAUAAAAAUAUGCAAAAGAGAAACAAUGUCAAAAAAUAAAUCAUAAAAAUGCAUUAAAUGAAUAACUUCAGUCAUUGUUGUUCCUGUAAUGACGUCUACUAAUACACCUAAAUGACAGUCAUGCACACUGUAAUGUCCUAUAGCACUGCUGAUCUCAUCCCAUAAACAGUGCUUUUAUGAGAGCAAUGUAUCCUGGGAGUUGUAGUUCAUUUGCCAUUUGCCCGCUAUCUAUUAAACUACCAAUUCAGCUACAAUUUUCAGAAAUACAUCAUGACCUCAUGUACAGCAGCAUUUUGCCAAACUAGCUGAGCUGGAAAGGUUCUCCAAGUCAGCAAUGCUUUUGUUUUGGUUAUUUUAGCCUAAAAGUUUAAAUUCACUUUGAUCUAUCAGCAUUUCACCAUAUAGAGAAAAACCCUGUGUGGAAAAGAGGAAAAUUUUUUCAGUAAUUAGCAAAUCUAAUUAUUGGGGGGGGACGGGACCUAAUGAAUAUUAAUUUAAAACCUCAUCUAGCAUAAUUAAACCUACACAUUACCCGGAAUAUGUUGUGGGUGCCUGGAGUGCCCCUUUGAGUACUAGAACAGAAAGCACUGACAUGGCAGAAAUAUUGUACAGAUGUCUUUGCUGCUUAUCCAUUGUGUACAUUACUUCUGUAAAUGCUGUCUAUUCUAAUUCAGCACUGAAAAUCUCUUUCUCCAUAUACAUUACCCAGAAUGCAAGACAUUUUAGUGUGUUUGCUUGUUGGAGGCCACAAAUGAGUGUUUUAAUAAUCUUUUUGCAUGAUAGGAGUGCGGUGCUUAUAUGGACAUAGUAUGUAGCAGAGGAUUGUUGGAAUUGUAGUCAAAGGUUCUAUACUCACAGGAAGUCUACUUCUAACCCAGACACUGUGGGCCUGUAUGCUUGUGUGAGGCUGUUUUCCUGUGUACCUCCAUAACACUGAUAUGUUUAAAAGGCACAUACAUUCUGCAAUGUUUUGUAUAGAAAUUGUAUAUUGCAUAUUUUGUACCAUUGUAAAAAAACUCUAAAUAAAGAUUAACUAUAUGUACGGUCUUCAAUUAGGCUUUCUCUCUAUUUUCUAG